AUGGCUUUUCAAGAUGAACUCCGUGCAGGACAAUGCUUCUAUAGUGGUGGUCACGGUGGUGGUGGUGGUGGUCACGGUGGUGGUGGUGGUGGUCACGGUGGUGGUGGUGGUCACGGUGGUGGUGGUGGUCACGGUGGUGGUGGUGGUCACGGCAGUGGUGGUGGUCACGGCGGUGGUGGUGGUCACGGCGGUGGUGGUGGUCACGGCGGUGGUGGUGGUCACGGUGGUGGUGGUGGUCACGGUGGUGGUGGUGGUGGUGGUCACGGUGGUGGUGGUGGUGGUCACGGUGGUGGUGGUGGUCACAGUGGUGGUGGUGGUCACGGCAGUGGUGGUGGUCACGGCGGUGGUGGUGGUCACGGCGGUGGUGGUGGUCACGGUGGUGGUUGUGGUCACGGUGGUGGUGGUGUUCACGGUGGUGGUGGUGGUCACGGUGGUGGUGGUGGUGGUCACGGUGGUAGUGGUGGUCACGGUGGUGGUGGUGGUCACGGUGGUGGUGGUGGUUACGGUGGUAGUGGUGGUCACGGUGGUGGUGGUGGUCACAGUGGUGGUGGUGGUAACGGUGGUGGUGGUGGUCACGGUGGUGGUGGUGGUGGUGGUGGUGGUCACGGUGGUGGUGGUGGUCACGGUGGUGGUGGUGGUUACGGUGGUAGUGGUGGUCACGGUGGUGGUGGUGGUUACGGUGGUAGUGGUGGUCACGGUGGUGGUGGUGGUCACAGUGGUGGUGGUGGUAACGGUGGUGGUGGUGGUCACGGUGGUGGUGGUGGUGGUGGUGGUGGUGGUCACGGUGGUGGUGGUGGUCACAGUGGUGGUGGUGGUGGUGGUGGUGGUCACGGUGGUGGU